AGAUGUAAAUCUUUAAAACCAGCUUUAUUUUCCACUUUUUAAAAGGCUCAGUAAUCUUUUAUACAACAGGGCCCUGUUAGUCACACAGGAGGAACAAAAGUUUUUACUAAACUAUUUUCAGCCACUGGUUAACACACGCAAGCAAGUAUUUCUGACACCAGGCUCGUGUAUAUGGUACUGAAUUUAAAAAUAGUGCCCAUGCAGCGAAGAGGUAUGUCACUCAUUACAACACUGUGGCUCAUGAAUGUCCUCAUUAAAGUGGUGUUUGGACAACAAUGGCGCUCUAUGGCAGAGUAAGAAGAUACAUCAGGAAGUGAAUACACAGGCGGUACUAGUUACUACGUCAAUUCAUUGUUGGUUUCGGUCGGUUUGUGGGAUUUGUUGGCUGGAACAUCACCAGAAUUUAAUGUAGGUGGCACUGCUGUCUGUACAGGUCUGCCACAUUCUUAAGAAAACAGUCUGGUCAAAAUGUUGAACUGUUACUUAAGUCUGCCUCUUGAUGCAUUUUAAAGAAACCAUUGCAAAAAGCUACACCUGCCCCUUUGUUUUCAGAGGACAAUUAAGUGGCUCAGAGGUUCAUUCUUGACCUUGGCAACAGCAGCCGGACUAAACCACUGUCAACCCAAGGUCCUGCUUCCUUGUGUUUCCAGAGCUUUCAGCCACAUCUCAUUGCCUGCCUGAUUUUAGACUGUUUGUCAGAACAACACUGGACGAGUCAGCUAAGAUUCUAGGAAACAGGGAUGGAGCAGCAAACGGGUCCAAACCUGGUACUAGAUGCAGGCAUUAUAGUCUCCUGCCCAAAUGUAGCUGCCUGUCACCAUGUGACUUAAAUCUUAUAUAUAGGUCAAGUGGCAUCAUUAACUACAUCCUCUGAGCUGAUAAUGUGGUAGGCAGCUUCAGAAACAAGUUGUUGUUGCUGUUGUUGAACCUCAGGUAGACGUGUUUUUUUUAUUUGUGAAGUAAAAUGAGGGGAGCAUGCAGCAGCGUUGCCGUCUGUGCCCUUGACAUUUGUCCCAGAUCUGCCAUCUCCUCUCACCUAUUUUGUAGAUCAUCAAAAUCACAUGCAUCUCUAAAAUAUUAUCUUUUCAUGAGCUAAGAAGAGCAGGCCUGUUUUGAACUUUUCUCAACCCACAUCUUCAGUUUUAUCUGAAUUUCAAGAUGACCAACGUUGGAGAUUCAUAUCAUGAUAUUAAGAUCAUAUCAGAGUUGAGAUUAGGUGUAAAUCCAAAGGCCUGGAAUCCAGAUUAUGCUUCCAUAUACUGAUUGUAUGUUAAUACCAGGUGUAAAUGGCUCUAUUUGACUUUUUUUUUAACAAGGUUCACAUACGGAAAUCAGUGCUAAAUAGGCAGCUGUAGUUAAAUUUUGAGCUGGCUUGUUUUUUGUUUAAUUUUUUAAAAUGUUUUUCUACCAACAUCCCAAACCAGACAUGUGAUUGUAACUCCUCACUGCAGCUCCUUUGCAGCCUUAGCGCCUCACCGCCUCGCCUUGUGCCACGAGCUCAGACAGGCACAGUGAACAUGCUGCCUCCAUCUGUAACUCAGCCUUACUCUCCAGAUGUGGAGGUGCAGUGUCAGGCCACAUCUGUCCUCGUACGUUUUCCAGGUCCUGAAACUUACUGUAAAUGCUGAAGCUCGCCUGAUGUCGGGACUCGAUCCGCUCUGUUGUAUCUGCCUACAGCACGCUGAGCCACAGCACAACUGACUGUUUGCUUUUCCUUAAAAUGUGGUUUAAAAAGUCCUUUACAGUUCUAAAAAAAAAACAAAAAAAAAAAACCAAAUCCCAGGUCCAGUGUGUACAACAUUUUAUCUUAGUGAUCAAAAUGCAGAUCCUUUUUUUAAAAAUGCAUGCCAGAGUUUUUUCAGGCUCCAAACUUUUUUAUAAUAACUUGUUUUCUAUGCGUUUUAAGGUGCCUAAGUUAUGAUGAUGCAAAUUUCUGAAUGUUUUCACCUUUGAAAAAUAAGUGGCUUGUAAAAACAAUUGUAGAUUUGUCUUGUAUUAUUUUGCUUUUGGUAACUGUAGCUGGUAUAGUGUGUUAGGCAUUUCUCAUUAUUAAACCAUUUAUUCCUUAAGUCCUCUUUUUGUCACUCAUUUUGAAGCAUGGCAGGUGAAGUCAGAGCUGAUUUCUUCUUUUAUCUGUAUGCACCUGCAAUAAAAUGACCGUCUGUAUUUUGAUAUUUGUGUGACAUACAGUAGUUGCACACAGUUUCUCUUUUCUGAUAAAUGGUUUCUGUUCUGUUUAAUGGUGUUGAAAGACCUGUGUCACUGGAUUUGAGAAACUACCAUUAAAGAGAAGCAGAGUGUUUUUCACAGAGCUUUAGAGGAACUUAUGUGAAAGGAAGGUGGCAGAGUGGGAGGCUUGUGGUUUCACAGCUUCAGAACGGACAAAGGGCCCCGGACUUCCUGCUCGCUGCUGCUCAGAGCUUGCCUCAGAGGUUUUUUUUAUAAAAAGAUCUUGCUGACAGCCGACAAGUGAGCAACAAAACAGACCUUCCAUCUUAUCUUCAGCCUGCCCGGUAAGAUGCUGCGAUUGUCGCUUAUUGCUGCCAUUCUGAUGAUCAGCCCCACCUGCGCUGAGGCCAUUGGAGACAUGAGCAUUUGUUAUAUCCUGGAUGGGAUUCUGAUCCUCUAUGGCAUCAUUCUCACAGUCUUAUACUGCAGAUUGAGGAUGGGUUCAUCCAAAAACUCGUCCAGCAGACAAUCAGAGAAGCAGCCUGCUGAGGGAGGCAUCUAUGCGGGUCUGUCCAGUCAGAGCACUGACACCUAUGAGACCAUCAAAGUCGAUAAAAAGCCUAUGGUGUGAAGGAGACUCGUGCAGAGAAGAUGCUGAGAACACACACAUGUUGAAUCUUUCACAUCUUUAUACUGUAUAUUAAGUUGUGUUGACUUGUCGCGGGCCUGUGCAUAGAAUUUCUAUAUAUAUUUUCAACAUAUGUUUGUAAAGUUACUUCUUUUCUUCUUACACUUUCUGCCGUGUAUGCAUAAAAUGUCCAAACCAUGAGAUUUAUUUAACAAUUUACUCAUAAAAGUUAUGUGAGUCUUCACUUCAUUCCGCUCUGUUUUUCAUAUCAGGUUUUACUCAAGUUACUAAGAAAACAGAAGUUUAAAUUUAUCUUUGUUUCUGCUCACAUGUUCCUGUUUUGGUAAGGAUCAUGCUUACUGCACUUCAUGUGAAAGAAAGGUCCUGUCAGAAAAUGUCGAAAAAUGCCUGUCACACUUUCAGAAAGUCCAAGGGGGGUAUCGGGGGUCCAAACUCUAAAGAACCUGGCUGUUUUCAGUGAUAUGAAACAGCUCAUUUAUGAAUUAACAGACUUAUAAGCUUGAUUCCUGCAAAAUAAACAUUACAUUUAACAAGAACCAAAGGAGCUCAGAGAGUUCAGUUUGGCCAUCCAGACAGUAAAUACGACCUCUGUUAGCUUAUCUGAAGAAUGUGCAUGCGUAACAGAAAACUACAACAGCUGUAGCACCACAGGGCAACCGCAUACUUUCUUGGCAAAAGCCUGUAUCAUUCCACCUGUAUGACAAAUGAACACCACCCAGACUUUCACCUACUAAUUUUAUAGGCAGAUAAUUGGAAAUGUAUUCAGAACGGAUUGUUCACAGUCUGCACUGUUGCUUCACAUCAACACUAGCGACUGGCACUGAGGAUUCAAUUUCAGACGCAGUUAACUGUUACAACACACCUCACCCUGUAAACAAAAAAUGUCUGUAACUAUUUACGGUAACAGUGAGAGAGCAUUAACAACUGCUUGAGGAAAUUCAAGUCUAACUUUAACUCCUAUUUAUACUGAGUCAGUGCAACAGAGAAGUUUCACUUCAACAUGCUGUAUAUUUUUGAAAUUUUGAUAAAGACCUCAUUCAUUUGUCAUCAUCUCAAACAGCUACUGUUGUAGCUACUGUUGCUACUUGUCUGGGGUUGUAGCUGCAGGCCAUUGUGAGCUAACAAUAAGUCAGCAGAUAAACAGCUGAAACAACAGGAGCGUCUUCCUGACAGAGAUUAACAGGUUGUUUUGGAAAAUCUCUGUGUACCAGAAUUUCACACGAAUUAUGCUGCAUUCCUUUUCUCCUGGGAAAUGACAGCUUUAAUCAGUGUCACCAAAAUUGGUUAUUACACAGUGAUGAAAAAAAAGGAAAACUAUUAAGUAAGGAUUUAUUUAUCAUUGGAGUUCAUACAUAAAACUAAAAUACUAACCUAUACUGCACAGGUCUUAAGACAAACUGUUGAUCACUAUACAAUAAUUGGGCCAUAGCAUCCAAAACUUUGCUCAAUUAUGUUUUUGCUUUUGAAAUGUCCAAAUUAGAGCUAAUAGACAUCAUUGCUGAAUAAAAAUAAUUGGAAAUCUAAGGGCGAUUCUUUCUUGAGAUACAAUAAUGCAAAAUGAACAUGCUUUGGUAAGAAAUGUUUAAUGAAUAAUUUUAAAUCACAUUUAUAAGGCCUAUAUGUUUAUAGUGAACUACUUACAAGUCAGCUUUACACCCCUGCAGUGUUUGUUAUAUUGCACUCUAUGUAACCAUGUAACCUAGACUGUUAUUUUAUUUAUUUUUAAUUUUUUUCUCUUAUUCUUUUGUUCUGUUUCUCUCUGUUAAGUACUUUGAUUCAGCUAUCAGGAGCUAUAAA